AUGUCUGACGGCGAGGUCGAAGUCGAGGCCGUCCAGGCCUACCCAGUCCUGCCAAAGGAUGUCACCAACGAGAUCGGCUCGACCAAGCUCUUCAACAAGUGGAGCUACGAGGACGUCGAGAUUAGGGACAUCUCUCUCACCGACUACAUCCAGAUCCGGCAGCCGGUCUACAUCUCCCACUCCGCUGGUCGGUACGCCGUCAAGCGCUUCCGCAAGGCGCAAUGCCCCAUCAUUGAGCGCCUCACCAACUCGCUCAUGAUGAACGGCCGCAACAACGGAAAGAAGCUCAUGGCUGUCCGCAUUGUGGCUCACUCCUUCGAGAUUAUCCACAUCAUGACCGACCAGAACCCCAUCCAGAUCGCCGUCGAUGCCAUCGUCAACUGCGGUCCCCGCGAAGACAGCACCCGUAUCGGUAGCGCAGGUACCGUUCGUCGCCAGGCCGUCGAUGUGUCCCCUCUCCGCCGCGUCAACCAGGCCAUCGCUCUCCUCACCAUCGGUGCCCGCGAGGCCGCUUUCCGCAACAUCAAGAGCAUUGCCGAGUGCUUGGCUGAGGAGCUCAUCAACGCUGCCAAGGGUAGCAGCAACAGCUACGCCAUCAAGAAGAAGGACGAGUUGGAGCGUGUGGCCAAGAGCAACAGAUAG